AUACGGCUAAAAGCAUACGAUCGAUGGGACACUCCAGUUUUCGCCUGGCCAUGUGGAACACCUCGCUGAUGGUUGCACUGAUCUGCGCCGCCUGUUACCAAGUGGAUGGACUGCCCCAUCCGCCGGCCACCUCGUCAGCUCCCAUGGUGGAAAAGGCCUACGACGACAAGUUCGACAAUGUGGAUCUGGACGAGAUCCUCAACCAAGAGCGGCUGCUGAUCAACUACAUCAAGUGCCUGGAGGGUGCGGGUCCCUGCACUCCCGAUGCGAAGAUGCUGAAGGGUAAGUCCAAGUCGCAAAAUUCUUCCCGACGCAAUCCAAACCGAUUGCACCAAAUGCACGGAGAAGCAGAGAUAUGGAGCUGAAAAGAUUGGGAGCGCCUGGAGAAGAUCUACGAUCCCGAGGGUGUCUACCGCAUGAAAUACGAGGAGUUGAAAGCCAAACUACUCAAUGAGCAGCGCUGA